UAGAGCUGAGUAGACAUGGCGCAAUAAGACUAAAAGCGGACGACCGGUGAACUGAACAUAUAGUUUUUUAGUUUCUUUUUUAUAUAGAUUAUUUGCUCGGAGACGUUCAUUUCUAACGCCUCUAUGUCUUAAAAUUUCCACUAUGUUUUCUCAAGUAUUAAUGUUAGCAUAACUGUAACAGUGGAGAGCGUCAGCGUGUAUGCUAAAGUAAUGUCAGCACGGGGGAGUCAUUUUGUGGAUGGAAAAGUUAUUUCGUUAAAUAACAUUUAGUCGACUAAAAUUCCUUCUACUGCUGAGGUGUGUGAGUCUAUUACGACUGGAGAUAUGGACCCAGACACUGAAGUGGAAAGCAUCUUAAAGCAGGGGACUGACAGGGAGACGAAGAAGAUGAAGAGGCCACCCUCCAGCUAUGGUUCAAUGAAAAGUGACAGUGAAGAGAUGGAGGAGGAAGAGGAGGGGGACAAGGAGGAGGAAGAGAAGAGGGACGAGGAGGAGAACAAAGGAAAUGAAGAAAUGUUUGCUGUACUAACUGAAUUGAAUGCUCAUGAGGCGACAGGGUUUCAGCUGAUUCGCUCAGAGUCUCCAGAGACCCUCUACACUAUGACAACACAGCAACAACCACCAGAAGCUGCUGUCAUUGACACCAGGUCUUCUGAUCUGGGGGAUUAUGAAGAAGACCAUGAGGAGGACAUGGAUGAAGUUUUGAUAACUAAUUCUCCAGAGCCACCUGAACCUGUUGAACCAGAUGACACAAUACAGACUGAUGAGAACAGCCAGCCAGGCAGACUACACUCAGAACAAGACUUGCCCUAUAUAUUUAAGAGUAUCCAGAGUAGUCUGACAGGCUUCACUGUGGAUGAGCUGUACAAAUUUAAGUUGUGGUUUCUACAAUGGGAAAAAGGCAUAACCAAGCAACAAGUAAUGGAAGGAGACGUUCUUGAUUUUGUGGACAAGAUCCUGGAGAUCCUUGGCCAGGAUCGAUCCCUGAUGCACACAAUAAGUACUCUAGAAAGUGUUGGCAAGCAAGCAGAGGCAGAUGAACUACGGAAUCAGUGCAAGAGAGCAUUGAUCCGUAUUCAUCUGAAGGAGUAUUUGAUCAGAAAACACACAGUCAUCCGUGAGGGGGUGGUUAGAGCCGGGAAGCAGAAUCUUCUAGACAUUAUCUACGUUGAGCCCCAGAUUUCCACCUGUGGGUAUCGAGGAGUUCACCCUUCCCAUGAGGUUGAAUCACACCAUCUCUCAACUCACCAGUUCCCCAGCACCGACACCUUCGUUGGUGUGAACAAUUUGUUCCGACUACAGAAGGAGGACGGCAAGCCAGUGAGGACAGUGCUGACCACUGGGAUUCCAGGAAUUGGCAUGUCUGUCUCUGUGGCGAAAUUCUCCCUGGAUUGGGCAGAACUGCGUGCCAAUAAGGAUCUGCAGUUUGUCAUCAAGCUUUCCUUCCGCACUUUCUGGUUUCUGCGAAGCAAAAACCCUUCUCAGAAGAUGUCCAUCAUGGAAGUGAUAGCUUAUCAUCAUCCUGAGUGCAAAGAAAUGAAAUACUUGGAAGAAGAGGACUGUAAAUUUCUCAUCAUAAUGGACUCCUUUGAUUGUUACCAAGCUCCUCUGGACUGGGAGAAGGCUCCAGUAAUAAAUGACAAUAACACCGAAGCACAGCCUGAUGUCCUGAUUGUGAAUAUCAUCCGAGGCACUGUGCUCCGUGGUGCCCGCAUCUGGAUCCUGGGGAGACGGGCUGCUGUCUCACAAAUCCCAUCUCAAUUCAUAGAUGUUGUCACAGAAAUACAGGGCUUUAGUGAUGAGAUGAAAGAUGACUAUCUGACCAGACGCUUCAGAGAUGCAACGCUCGCAGCGAAUAUUGUUGCACAUUACAGGCGCUUGCCAACACUCAUUAUGCUUGCUCGACAGCCCUUUGUCUGCUGGAUGGUGGCAACAGUGUUUGAGCGCUGCUACCGUUAUCGGGGCUAUGGGGUACAUCCCCCUAGACUGACUCCAUUCUACAUCAACAUUUUGAUUGUCCAGACCAAUCGCAGGCUGCAGUUCUACUAUGGAAAGUGUGAAAAUAACCUGAAAUGGUCCAGUGAUGACAAGAACCUGCUGAUAAAGAUGGGGAAGAUGGCCUUUAAGAUGCUGGAGAAGAAAACCAAUGUGUUCUUUGAAGAGGACGUGAAGGUUUACGGCCUGAAUUUGACGGAGGUGACGGUGUUCUCCGGCCUGUGCACUGAACUCCCAGCUGCAACCUCAAAUGAGAGGAGGACGUUCUGCUUUAUACAUCUCACCUUUCAGGAGUUCAUGGCCGCUUUGUACGUCUUCGCAAUGUUCCACACAGAAUCUAAGAACGUUCUGGACUCAGGGAUGUUGUCCAAGUUCUUCACAUCUAAGUAUCAGACCAAAACUGCAGCAGGUCUAGUCCAGUGUGCCUUGGACCGAACCUUCAACUCCCCGCUGGGUGAUUAUGACAUGUUCCUACGUUUUCUGUGUGGCAUGCUCUCCCCAGAGUGCCAUGCUAAUCAGCUGGGUGGUUACUUGUACCCCCACAAUACUCCGAAGGUGGGUGGACUGGAUGAGGUGCGGGGGCUGCUAGAGCAGACAAUAAAGACUCCAGCUCCAGAAAUCAGGUUGGAAAACUUGAAGGAGUGCCUUAGAGAACUGACCCAGCAAGAUGAGUGAGUUGGGGUAAGAUUGCGUCAUGAAAAUCAAAUGUGAUGGAUUAAAGAGAAGCAGCGCCUGCUCUGUCAUAGAUCUCUUCAAGUUUCUAGCUCAUCGUAGAAAUCAUGUCAAAAAAAUGUGACACUCAAAAUGCUGAAAAUGGACAACAGAACUCAAAAUAACUUGUUCAAGUCUGUGUCAUUUUGGCUUUGAUAACAUUAAGUUUCAUGUUUGUUUGAUUUACAUCAAAGAGUCUGUGUCAGUAAUGUUAUUACUGCACCAGGCUUAAUAAAAUGUCGGGCUAUGCAUUCCAGUACAGCGGCGUUUAUGCAAUACUAGAUUGUUUGUCAUGUCUUACAAUGAGCACUAAUGAAAAUGCAUUCUCACAGUGGAUUUUAAGUUUUCCAGCUGUUGUUUUUAUUUUGAUAAUGAAGUUUUAGGCUAUUUUUGAAUAGGUUUGUUGUUGUGUAGCCUUGGGCUCAUAUGUUUUAGGUUUUAAUGCAACCACCUUACACGGGUAGAGGUAAGAAGGCAAACUAGGGGGUUGAUUUGCAGCAAUUAACUUGUGUUUUCUGUGUGAAAAAGAUGACACUGAAGAGUCCUCUUUGUAAAAAAAAAAAAGGCAUAUUUAAGGCCUUGUGUGUCCCUGAGAGUUAUUUUAUUUGUUAAAAAAAAUGUAAACAAUUUCAGGUAAAUAGGGAGCAUUGAUGAGGUGGAAAUCGAUGAUAUAUGUGUACGUUUUUUGUGCACUUAAUGUCGUCUACUAAUGGACUUGUUAAUGAAUUUUCUCAGUGUAUUUCUCGUUCAUUUUACAUUGUAGUUUUUCACUCUUCCAAACAACAGUGUAAUUGGUUCCAGUAAAUUCUUUUGUACUUCUAAUAUAUUUAAAGCCAUGUCAUCAUCCUCGACCCUGGAUUUUUAUUAUGGAGUUAUGGUUAUGUUUUUGACACACCAUUAUUAUUAAAGAUGUACAAACCACAA